AGUGUAAGCGUCUCGCCCGGCUGUCCCUCUUUGUCCGGCAGUGACUGUAGGCCGUAAUAGUCAUGGCCAAUUUCGCGUUUGAGGAUAAAUUUUAAUUGUAAGUCUAUUUGACAUUGACUGUUUGCUUUAUGAGGAUUGGUAAAUAUGGAAUAAUGUAACUGUUUCGUUUGUUUGAACGCUUAGCGUGAGCCACAUACAGCUUGCAGUCAAAGCCUGAGCUAGCUGGUUUACUAGCUAUGCUAGCUACUCAGCUCUUAACAGCUAACGUAGCUAAGCUAGCUAGCAAUCUGGCGAGCGCUUUCACAGAAACCGCCUCGAGUUAAACAUGGAGUGGAUGCGCGCGAGGUUUUAUCUCGCGUGCGUGUAGCGUGCAGCUCGUUCGCGUCGCGUUGCGUUAUGACCGGGACAAGGCUAAUCGUCUUGUCGUAUUUGUCUUCGCAUUACUCUAGCGUUGUGUAGCGCUGUAGCUAACCGCUAGUCAGUUAGCAGCACAUCUGUAAGUGAUCACAGGAGGGAGGGGGACUCAAAGGCACAUUCAUUCAAUAACAUUACAAGCUUGUUGGUUCGGGUUUUUUUGUUUUUUUUUGUCUUUCUUCAUGCUCAGAAAAAACAUCUCAGUCGUCUUGAGGAGGGAUUAGUGUUUUCCCUGCAUAAUAAAAGCCCAGAUGAACCCAGAACCGCGACCUGCUCAGGAUUCUGUGAGGGAUUUUGCGAUCUUAGCUGUCAGGUUGUAGUCCCACGCUGUCGGUACUUGGACCCGAGGACACGUUCGUCACUACUACUACUUUUUUUUUUAUAUAUGAAUGGUGACAUGGCUGCGCGCCGCCAAUCAUUUUAAUGGCUGCCGAAUCGGGGAGACUGCAGGCGGGACAAGGUCAAGGGAAGCGAGGCAAAGGUUCCCAGAUGAAAAGUCCAGAGAAAAAGAAGAGGAAGUCUAGCACUCAGGGGGCAAGUUUCUCCCACCUCUCUGAGUUUGCGCCUCCCCCAACCCCUAUGGUAGACCAUCUUGUGGCCUCAAACCCAUUUGACGAUGACUUUGGUCCACCAUCACGUCCUGCUGGAACCGGGGUCCCGGGAAGCGCACCUUUUCUGCCAAGCCCAGGGGCUGGUGGGGGAGGUGGAGGCUAUGGAGGACCAGGUAGAAUGGGAGGGGGCAUGACCUACAUGGGUGGCCCUGGAGGACCAGGUGGUGGACAGCCUGGACGAAGACCCCCUUUCGGACCUCCGCCACCCAACACAGGACCACAUCACCCAAUUGGAUUUGGAGGAAUGCCUGGAUUUGGAGGUGGAGGAGGAGGAGGAGGAGGUGGUGGUGGUGGAGGUGGAUUUCCUCCAGGGGGUCCAUCACAAUUUAACAUGCCACCUAAUUUCAGCCCUCCUAUGCACCCAGGGCAAGGUUUUAACCCUAUACUGUCACCUAGUGGAAUGGGUGGUGGUCCUGGAGGUGGUGGGCCUCCUCACCCCCGCUUUGGGAUGCAGCAGCCUCAGCAUGGACAGGGUGGUCAUCCUUUCAACAGUCCUCCAAUGCCUGGGGGUCCUCGUGGUCCUCCCCAUGGCCCAAUGAAUCCAAUGGGUGGCAUGCCAACUGGAAUGAAUAUGAUGGGUGGUAUGGGGGGUGGAAUGGGUGGAGGUAAUAUGGUAGGUGGCCACACAGGGUUGCCCCCCCAGGGACCUUUUCCUCCCGCGCAAGAUGGCCCCUAUCCUGGGCCGGGCACUCCUGGUAGUGAAGAAGGCAAAAACUUUGUUGGUGGACCAGGUGGUGGUCCACCAGGUCCACCUCAACAGCCGCCGAACCUCAACCCAUCUGGAACUCCAUCCAACAAUGCCACUCCAGGUCCAUCCCCUGCUUCUGGACCCCCACAGCCUGGAGGAGGGUUUCCUGGGCACCCCGAUGUUCAGCAAUCAACACCCAACACACCUGGGCAACCUUCAUCAGCACCUCCUCCACCCAACCCUAAUUCCUCCCCUACCGGUCCACUAAACGGUCCACAACCUCAACAAGUUCCACCAAAUCAGCACACUCCAGUUAACUCUGCAAGUGGCCCUGCUCCCAACACUCCAUCCAAUCAGCAGCAGCCAACGCCACCCAACUCCAACCCAGGCUCUGCCGCUUACAAUCAACAGAACAGUGCUCCUGGUGGUGGACCUAUGGCAAACCAGCCACCCAAUACUAAUCAAAACAACCUAAACAACACUGGUGGUAGUAACCCCAACCCUCCAUCUAACUCAGCCUCCACACCUAAUACACAGUCUCCACUUCCCACUGGCCAAGCUCCACCUUCGGUUGGUCCAGGUUCUGGACCGCCGAAGCUAGGAAGUGGCAUGGUGUUCCAUUGUGGCUUCUGCUUGUUAGAGGUACAUGAUGACCAGGAGGCCAUUCUGUGUGAGGCAUCAUGUCAACGCUGGUUCCACAGAGACUGCACAGGCCUAACUGAGCCUGCGUAUGGCCUGUUGACCAGAGAGAGUGCUGCAGUAUGGGCUUGUGAUUUCUGCCUCAAGACCAAGGAGAUUCAGGCAGUAUAUGUACGCCAGAGCCUGGGACAGCUGGUGGCUGCCAAUGAAGGCUAAGCAACCAGGACUGGGAGAGAGGAAAGAAAUAAUAAAGGAAACGUAAAUAACAUGGAACUGAUCGUUUUAUGCCUUUCAGUCAACAACACAGAGGCAGGUCGAGCUAAGAAAAGUGGACAGAGUAGGAAAUGUAGGGAAACCAAUGGAUGGGGCACGAAUGGAAAAUGUGGACUCUGUACUUCCUGUGUUGAGUGCUCUUGCAAACCACACAAGCACUUUUAGGACUUACAUUUCUUGAUGAUUGGAGAAAGAUUGAGCAUGGUUUUUCAAGAACACAACAACCUGUAAUGAAUCUGCCAUUUCAUAUUACCGGUACGAUUUGGAUUUAAGGAAAAUAAAAUUUGUUAUUGCUUAAAUUCUGUUACUGCUUAAACACAUGGUUAUAAAAGUACAGAAGAUUUUUCUAACAUUGUCAUAUUUAAAAAGUCAUUAACUAAUAUCCAGUAUAGUUUCCAGUCAGAGUAAACUUUCCCUCCAAAAGCAGCUUGUCUACCAGAAGCACUGACAACAACUCACUACCUCACAGAUUUUACAGUUGUACACAUGCUUUGGCACAGAUCGACUGCUAUCUAAAUCUAGAGUGAGGUCUCCCUGCACCCCCUCCUCUAGUCCAUGGUUUCCAUUUCAGUGUAUCCAAAGGAAACGAGUACCUUCCUUCACCUUUGAGAGAAAUGGUGUAUACACAUGUAUAUAAUGAAUAUUAGUCACACUUUUUCAGUUCCUUUUGGGAAGAGUUGUCCUGUAAACAGAAAGAUCCCAGACAUUUUUUGUCUUAAGACAAGUUUUUGUCUUAAUAUACUUUCAUUCACCACGUUUAUUUAAAACUGAACACUGAGCAGUCAGUGUGGAUGGUCGGAUACAUAGGGAGUAGUGCUACAUAACCAUAUCAGAUGUGUAUAGUCUUUGGAUUGCAUGUGAACCAAAUGCAGUAAUUUGUCUGCUGUUUGUAAUGUAUUGUUUCUUUUUAGGCCUCAGUGAGGGGUGUGAAGUAGACCAAAUAACAGAAUGAAAUCAAAUAUCAGCUCAUGUUUCUGUUGCUGAUAAAGAUGAUAUUUUCUUUCUGUCCAGGUUGCCUUUUUCUUAGCAAUUAUCUUUUUUUUUGUUUUUUGUUUUUUGUUUUUUUUUUUUGUACUGAUGUCUAGUGUGCUUACUCUAGUGCCCUCUGUUGUCCAGGAUUGUGCAGUAAUGUUUGAGGUGGGCAGAAGUAAGGGCAUGUUGUGAAAGAAGUAAAGGAAAAUGUAUUUGUAUUUUUACUUGCCAGUUUUUGUAGACUAUUGUUGCAUUAAAUUUGGGUGUGACUACCCAGUAAACCAA